AAGGAUCGUCAAGCUGCGCUUACAAUUUAGUUUUAAUGAUUUCUCUCAGUUCAAUUUUCAUUUUUCUGAUACUAGCAACCUUAGCCUCGACGCUUAAAGAAGAACGAUCGGGACGAGCCGCAAUUAUAAAAAAACGGUCGAUUUUCCUUCGAGGAUCGAAUGAAAACUACUGCAAGCUAAAAUGCGGGGAACAGAAUCAUACUAUGUGCAAUCCGCCAAAUCCUUCCCCUGAUAAGUGUGGUAAGAACUUUUAUGAGUAUCCUGUUGACAAGGAAUUCCGGGAAGUUAUGCUAGAUGGACAUAAUGGCAUACGCGACAGGAUAGCCGGCAUUAUGAGAGUGGCUAAUAUGCAAAAAUUGAGAUGGGAUUUCGAACUUUCCCUGAUGGCAAAAUAUUGGCUCAGACGAUGCGAUUUCUACAAAGUAGACCCAUGCACGAAAUUGCCGCGAACAUCAAUUGAGGAUGAUGAUACAGUCUACACAUUUGUUACCCAGGGUACUGAAGCAAUUAUAAGCCUUUACUAUCCGCUUUACUUUCGAGCAGCAACCAUUCGCACGUGGUAUUUUGAAAAAAACACCAUGAAACCGCCACGUAUAGAAAAAAUAAGUGAAAGUAUUUCAUACGGCUACUUCGACGUGAGCAAUAAUUUCACCCAAAUUUCGUUUGCUUAUGCUUCACGGUUAGGAUGCGCUAUGGUCAAAUCAAAUGAAAUCUACGCAAUAGCGUGUAACUAUUGGCCAUACGAAGGCAAAAAACGAGCGUUUCGACUUGGCCAGCCAACAGAAUAUUGCCCAAACCUAUACCCGAUACCUAGCUUGAAAUAUAAAAACCUUUGCGAAGAUCGGGGUUCGACAAUUAUAAUUAACUACACUUCAAUUUUCCUAUUGAACAUGUUGGCAGUUUUCAACUUCCAAUAUUUUUGGUUUGUAAAGUUCCUAAUCAAUUAAGGAAAAUAUAAAG